GAGAGGGGGGCCGGAGAGCGGCGCGACCCCAGCGGGCGGCACGGCGGGGAACGGAGCGGGUUGGGCUCGCUGAACCGCGGCACAACCGGAGCGAGAAUGCAUCGGGCUGGAAAGGAGAGCUGGAGCGAGAGGAGCAGAUCACAAUGACUACAGAGCACUGAUUGGUGAUCACUCGUUUACUUUGCUUUUAAAAUCUGCAUGCCUGCAUUAGGGUGCAGACUUCACUCAGAUGAUGUCCAUAUAGAUACCUGUGUUUUCCUGUUGCAGGCUCAUUGCCAGGUGCUCAGUGCAAGCCUCGUUGCAUUACAUUCACCUCUUGGUCAGUCAUAAAGAUGUUCAGUGCCAGCCAGUCCUCCAAAGCCCAGUUCCUGGACAAAGCACGGCAGGCCCGUGAGGAGCGACGUGAGCUGAAGGAGAGGGAGCGUGCUGCUGUGCAGAUCCAGGCACUGGUCAGGAGGUUCCUCUGCCGAUGUCACCUGCAGAAGGAGAUCAGGAGAGAAGUGGAGGAUUUCUUUGGGACAGCUGAACCUGGAGCGAGUAAAAGAAGUGCUCUUUCUGUCUUCAGAAUUGCUAGGAAGCUGCUAUUUGUAUUUAAUCAUAAAGAGGACAAAGAGAGAUUUGAAAAGCUGUGCCGUUGUAUUCUUAAUAGCAUGGAUGUUGAGAAUGAACCAAAGGUGUGGUAUGUGUCACUGGCACUCUCCAAGGAUCUCACACUCUUAUGGAUCAAACAGAUCAAAGAUAUUUUGUGGUUUUGCUGUGAGUUUCUCAAGCAGCUUAAGCCUGACAUCUUACAAGACUCUAGACUGGUCAAUUUGCACCUCACAAUGCUUGUCACUUUCACAGACACUUCUACCUGGAAAAUCCUUCGGGGAAAAGGUGAAACCCUGCGGCCUGCUAUGAACCACAUCUGUGCUAACAUCAUGGGGCAUCUAAAUCAGAAGGGAUUUUAUUCCGUGCUGCAGAUUUUGCUAACCAAUGGCUUGGCAAGAUCCAGACCAUCCUUGUCCAAAGGCUCUUUAACUGCCAUCUUCUCUCUCGCAUUGCGCCCUGUUGUUGCUGCACAGUUUUCAGACAAUCUGCUGAGGUCCUUUCUGAUCCAUGUCAUGUCUGUUCCUGCUAUAAUGACUCAUCUUGCUACUCUAACACCUGAGCGUCUGGCAGUGAUAGAAUCUCAUGAUCUUUUCCGCAAAUUCAUCAUAUUUUUGAGUCGUGAAGCGCAGUGUCGAGAUGUCUGCGUGUGCCUGGAAGGAAGUCACACUCUCUGCUUGUUGGGUAAUCUUGUGUACUUGGGCUCCUUGAAUGAUAAAGUACUUGAGGAAGAGACAGCUCAUUUUGUGGGUGUGCUCAUUCACAUGCUCUCCUACUGCCAGAAAUAUGUUUCACAAAAGAAAUCCAAUCUGACCCACUGGCAUCCUGUUCUGGGCUGGUUUUCACAGACUGUGGAUUAUGGAUUGAAUGAGUCCAUGCCUCUGCUGACAAAGCAACUGCAGCAUCUCUGGGGAGUCCAUAUGAUCCGCAUCCUCUUCAGUGAUGUGCUCAGCAAGAAAUUGCUAGAGAAUCAGGAAAUAGCUCAGCUGCCAACACAGCCAGUUUCCCCUCAGAACAGCCUCCCUAUGAAGAAUCUUUUCAAGAGAGCUUUUCAGAAGUCUGCAUCCGUGCGCAACAUUCUGAAGCCUGUUGGGGGCAAGCGAGUGGACUCUGCUGAAGUGCAGAAGGUGUGCAGUAUCUGUGUCCUCUACCAAACUACUCUCACCACGCUAACGCAGAUACGCCUGCAGAUACUCACAGGCCUCACUUACUUGGAUGAUCUGUUGCCCAAAUUAUGGGCUUUUAUCUGUGAGCUGGGACCACAGGGCGGGUUAAAGCUCUUCUUGGAAUGCCUGAAUAAUGACACGGAAGAAUCCAAGAGGCUGCUGGCCAUGUUGAUGCUCUUCUGUGACUGCUCCCGCCACCUUAUCACGAUUCUUGAUGACAUAGAAGUCUAUGAAGAGCAGAUUUCAUUCAAACUGGAAGAGCUUGUUACCAUCUCAUCUUUUCUGAAUUCUUUUGUGUUUAAGAUGAUCUGGGAUGGAAUUGUGGAGAACGCCAGGGGGGAGACGCUGGAGCUCUUUCACUCCGUCCAUGGCUGGCUCAUGGUCUUGUAUGAGAGGGACUGCCGCAGGCGUUUUGCUCCUGAGGACCACUGGUUACGGAAGGACCUCAAACCCAGCGUGCUCUUCCAGGAGCUGGACAAGGACAAGAAACGAGCUCAGCUGCUCCUGCAGUACAUCCCACAUGUCAUUCCCCACAAGAAUAGGGUGCUGCUUUUCCGAAACAUGGUUACAAAGGAGAAGGAGAAGCUUGGGCUGGUUGAAACCAGCUCCGCAUCACCUCAUGUCACACACAUCACUAUCCGCCGCUCACGAAUGUUGGAGGAUGGAUAUGAACAGCUACGGCAGCUUUCCCAGAACGCCAUGAAGGGAGUGAUCAGAGUGAAAUUUGUGAAUGAUCUGGGUGUCGACGAGGCUGGUAUUGAUCAAGAUGGUGUCUUCAAAGAGUUCCUGGAGGAGAUAAUAAAGAAAGUGUUUGACCCUGCACUCAACUUGUUCAAGACAACCAGUGGUGAUGAGAGGCUGUAUCCAUCCCCAACAUCCUAUAUUCAUGAGAACUACCUGCAGCUCUUUGAGUUUGUGGGGAAGAUGCUUGGGAAGGCUGUAUAUGAGGGAAUAGUUGUGGAUGUACCAUUCGCUUCCUUCUUCUUGAGUCAGCUUCUUGGACACCACCACAGUGUCUUCUACAGCUCUGUAGAUGAACUUCCCUCCUUGGACUCUGAGUUUUAUAAAAAUCUCACUUCAAUUAAGCGUUAUGAUGGUGAUAUCAGUGACUUGGGCUUAACGCUGUCCUACGAUGAAGAUGUGAUGGGUCAGCUUGUUUGCCAUGAACUUGUUCCUGGAGGGAAGACCAUUCCCGUUACCAAUGAAAAUAAGAUCAGCUACAUCCAUCUGAUGGCUCACUUCCGGAUGCACACACAGAUCAAGAGUCAGACAGCAGCGCUCAUCAGCGGAUUCAGGUCGAUCAUUAAGCCUGAGUGGAUUCGUAUGUUCUCUGCACCAGAGCUGCAGCGACUGAUCUCUGGUGACAAUGCUGAGAUUGACCUCGAGGACUUAAAAAAACACACAGUGUACUAUGGGGGCUUCCAUGGGAGUCAUCGGGUCAUUAUCUGGUUGUGGGACAUCCUAGCCAAUGACUUCAGCCCUGAGGAGAGAGCCAUGUUUCUGAAGUUUGUUACCAGCUGCUCUAGGCCUCCACUUCUGGGCUUUGCCUACCUCAAGCCUCCAUUUUCCAUCCGUUGUGUGGAAGUCUCUGAUGACCAGGACACCGGUGACACACUGGGCAGUGUGCUACGGGGCUUCUUCACCAUCCGCAAGAAAGAGCCAGGUGGGCGUCUCCCAACCUCCUCCACGUGUUUCAACCUCCUCAAGCUUCCCAACUACAGCAAGAAGAGCAUUCUGCGGGAGAAGCUGCGCUAUGCCAUCAGCAUGAACACUGGCUUCGAGUUAUCCUAGUUGCCGUGACCCUGGACUCCACAACAGGGCUCUCAGGGCUGCUGACUGCUGCUGGAGGUGGAGGCCUUCGCACACAGCACAUCAGCUCCGUGGGGGCUGACUGCUCACUCGAGGGCUGGAGAGAUGCAGCUGAUCGUAGAGGUUAACAGGGAAGAGCUUCUGGGCUAGACAGGGCUGGCUCUUUUUGGGCACUCCUCCAGGAUGAAGGAGGCGAUGGGCCUGAUCCAAUACUCUUCACUUGACACCCACGUAAAUCAUCUUUAAAAGCAAACCCCGGGGGAGCAUAAAAGGAACAUUAAAAGUGCCAGUCAGAUUAGUGACCGUCAUACCCUCAGCAGGCGGCUGCCUCUGCAGGAAUAUUUCUUUUUCCUUUCCCAGGAGAUGGUCUGGUUUCUUACUGGGUGGAAGCCGAUCAGUGAAAAGCUGCAUAAAGGCAGAAAUGGGACCGAGCCCACAAGGAGACAAGCACAAAGCUGCAGUGCUGGACGUGCCACAAACAGGCACUCAUUACUCAGGUCAGGUAACGCGUGAGGGCUUUCUGAUGCCCUUACUCCAUGUAAGGCCCUUGCAUUUGUCUCAGAGAAUGAACCACUAGCCCAGCCUCGAGAUGCAGCAGGUUAAAUGCAAACAGAUGGACCCUGCCAUUCUCAGGAAGGCUUUGGAGCACUGUAGGUUAAGAGCUCAAGCAGCAGGCAUGGGGGGGUCAGCGUGCUGAGCCAGCUGUGCCUCUGCCAGGCUCUUGCUAGAGCUGUGAUUUGGACAAAAGGGGUGGUUGGAAUUUGUUUGGGAGCAGAAAAGGUUUAAUUUUAUUUAGCUGGAAGCUGGCACAUGGCUUGGGUAGCCCUCGCUCCCCAGCAGAGUUGCAGUGGGACGGGUGCCCCCUGUGCUUUCUGGAAGGGGAGUGUGUCAGGCUGCCCAGAGCCUUCUGAAAACCUCUGCUGGCAAAGCUUCACUACUUGGAUGGAAGUUUCACUUUGUCUGCAAUCUCUUUUGUUAGGGAGAUGCGCUGUUGUGAACCCAGACUUGGCCUCUGUGUAACAGCCACAUUUGCUUUGUUGCCAAAGUCUUUGUUUUAGUUGCUUUGCCUCUUUCUGGCCUUAUUUUUACAAGCUGAUGUUUGCCUGUAACAGGCAGCUUUUUCAGGUUUUGUUUGUGAAAGAAAGGGUGUGAGUGGGGGUGUGCAUGUGUGUGUUGGGAAGGCGUGGAGCCUUCCUGGAGUUUCUACUGAUAUCCAGAGCCUGAUCCGUCAUGUCUCUGCAGCUUCACCUUCCUCUGCCUAGGUGUGCUCAGCAAAACACAGAGGGAGGUUCCUGGGCUCUCUGGAAGGCCCUCUUAACCACCCUAACCACUGUGUGCUGCAUGUCAGACUAGAAAAUACAUGGCAGCGUUCAACCCAGAGUACAGAAAUGCCCUUUGCUUUAUCUUUCUUUGUUCUAUAUGGCGUUAACUGAUUUCCAGAGAAAAUGGAGGUGCCUGGAGAUGCAUCUGGAAAGCAGUGUUGAGUCCUUUUUCUUAAUCAUCUCAGUAAUAGAAAGCAGGAGUGAUUGGAAAUGUUAGCAAGGACACAAAUGUCUGCAUUCCGAGAAUUCAAGAUGCUGGACUAAGUCCAAAGAAGAUAAAGAUGAUGGCAGAAAUUGUUUGGGGUUGUUCUUGUGUUGUUUUUGUUUUUUUUUUUACUUAAAGAGCAUUUCAGCGUUAGGCUGUUAACUGUGUAGCUGAGAGGCUUAGGCUCUGAGUUGUACCAUCCCUAAUUAAAGUAUAACACCAUCCUAUUCCUAGGAUUCUCAACGAGCACAGUGAUCAUUGUGUGAAAGGCUUUGAACGCAAUGAAGUAAAAUCUUUGCUCCUCUUUUUUCCCUUUGUUCCUCAGGAGUACAAUUCUAGAAAAGAUCUUAAUGUGGUCUUAGCCAGGUCUCUCCCAACCUGGAAAUAUUGCACUACCAGACAGUACAUCCGAUUUUGUAGCUAGCAGAUAAAAUGUGAUUGUGUAGUAAGCACCCUGGUGACCGUGUGUGCAACAAUAAUAUUUCUUUUGAGUAGCUGACUCCUGUACAACUGAGAGUCUUUGAUACGAUUUCAGCCGAGCAGAAGGCUGAGACCCAUUCCCUGCCUGCACUGCUGUAUUCUGCACGGGUGUCCUUUGUAGGACAGGGAUGGCUUUGCCACGGGAGAUUAAUGACUAUUUUUUCUAUAGAAGACUUGCUGCUGUGGAGACCUUGGUACAUCUCUUGUAUAAACAAUGCAGGAAAGAGAAAAAAUAAACCUGGUAUGAUGAUUG